CAUCCGACCUUCCUGCACAGCUUGUUCUGAAUCUCCUCCCCAUCACAACUCCGCUCAUCCCCCCCAUUCUUGCUUCACAUACACAAUUAGAGUUUCUCACUGUCCGCUCGGUUGAUCAAGAUGUCAAGAAGAUACGAUUCCAGAACAACCAUCUUCUCCCCCGAAGGUCGCCUCUACCAAGUUGAAUAUGCGUUAGAAGCUAUCUCGCACGCCGGUACCGCUCUGGGUAUCCUGGCUAAGGAUGGAAUCGUCCUUGCCGCUGAGAAGAAGGUCACCAGCAAGCUGCUCGAGCAGGACACAUCUGCCGAGAAGCUGUACACACUGAACGACAACAUGAUCUGUGCCGUUGCUGGUAUGACGGCAGACGCGAACAUCCUCAUCAAUUAUGCCCGACAAGCCGCCCAGCGGUACCUGCUCACCUACAACGAAGAGAUCCCUUGCGAGCAACUUGUCCGUCGGUUGUGUGAUCUGAAACAAGGAUAUACCCAGCACGGUGGUCUUCGUCCGUUCGGUGUGUCGUUCAUCUAUGCCGGCUACGACCCUCUCCGGCAGUUCCAGUUGUACCAGAGCAACCCCAGCGGUAACUACGGUGGCUGGAAAGCGACCAGCGUGGGUGCCAACAAUGCAAGCGCUCAAAGCUUGCUCAAGCAGGAUUACAAGGAGGACUGUGAUUUGAAGGAGGCUUGCGCCAUGGCCGUGAAGGUCUUGAGUAAGACGAUGGACUCGACGAAGUUGAGCAGCGAGAAGAUCGAGUUCGCGACGGUGGGAAGAACACCUGAAGGCAAGAUCUACCACCAUCUUUGGAACGCCGAUGAGAUCAAUGCUCUGUUGAAGGAACACGGACUGGCCAAGGUCGAUGAUGAGCCCGAGGCUGGCGAGAUCAAAUAAAUGACUGAAUGACAGCUUUCUGCUUUUGAACCAAGAUAAUAUCAUUUGUUUUCAGUUGAGCAA